GGCAGUUCAAAAAUGUCCCAGCUCGUCUUGGAAUGUGAAGAAGAAGAUCUGGAACCAUGGCAGAAGAGAGUAGAAGAAUCUAAUGAUGAAGAUGAUGAUGAACUGAUCUUUGUUAGGGAGAUAUCAGGUUCGAGACCAGCCAUUUCACAUAUUUUGAACAGAGGUAACUCCAGCUCAUCUUCAAAGAGAGUAAAGGAUGAUGCUCUUGAUCCAGGUAUCCCUGCUAUAUUCAGGUCUGCAAAUCAAUGCUACAAAGACUCAACAUCAAGUCCGGUGGCUGCCUUGCCUAGAUUUAGUCCUGGAUCUAAAUCUUCACAAAGCUCUGCUGUUCAGAAUGAGUCUAAACCUGAUUUUACAAAGAAUUCAUCGCAAGUUGGAUUGGAUGAUUCUUCAGGCUUACUGUUUGACUUGACCCAGGAUACAAUAUCUCUGUCCCCAAAACCGACAACUUUUACAGAAGGUAAAGAUCAAACUUUGCCUGUAUCAAAAUGUCCUUCUACUUCUAAAGUAAGCAGUGUUGAUUCAGAAGACUCAAAGACCUAUGAAGAUGUUUUUGAAAUAAGUUCCUCUGGUUCAUUGUCUUUAGUUAACUCUCCUUCGCUGACAUCUUCCCAGUAUGUUCUAUCUCAAGGUACGAAUACCUCAACUCAAUAUAAAACUGGAGUGGCUUUCCUAAAACCUUGUCCAAAGUGUAACGUUCACUUCGAUCUUUUGGAUCCUUUGAAAUACCACAUGAAGCAUUGUUGUCCAGACAUGGCAAAUAACUAUUUGGAAAGUGUUAAAGCAGAACUUUCAUAUGCCGAAUACAAAAAUAAGACUGGUUCAGAGAAAGAAAAAUUGGUCAUGUUAGUAAAUGACUUUUAUUAUGGAAGACAUGAAGGAGCCUUUGGGGAAGAAGAGAAGACUUAUACAACCUUUAAAUGUUUCAGUUGCUUGAAGGUUCUUAAAAAUAAUAUUAGGUUUAUGAACCACAUGAAACACCACUUGGAACAUGAGAAACAGGACAGUGAAAGCUGGGAAAACCACACCACCUGCCAGCACUGCUAUCGGCAGUAUACCACACCCUUCCAGCUGCAGUGCCACAUUGAGAGCACACACACACCCCAUGGGUUUUCUACUAUUUGCAAAAUUUGUGAAUUAUCAUUUUCAACAGAGCGUGUUCUUUUACAACAUAUGAAGGACACUCAUAAACCUGGUGAAAUGCCAUAUGUUUGCCAGGUUUGCCAGUUUAGAUCAUCAGCCUUUUCUGAUGUAGAAGUUCAUUUUAGAGCAUUCCAUGAAAACACUAAGAACUUGCUAUGUCCGUUUUGCCUCAAAGUUAGCAGAAUGGCAACCCCCUACAUGAAUCAUUACAUGAAGCAUCAGAAUAAAGGAAUUCAUCAUUGUACAAAAUGCAGACUACAAUUUUUGACCUUCAAGGAGAAAGUGGAUCACAGUACACAGCAUCGUACAUUUAUAAAGCCUAAAGAACUAGAAGGAUUGCCUCCUGGAACAAGAGUCACUAUUCGAACUUCGCAUGCAUCUUCUCAAUCAUCAUCUUCAUCUUCCAGUUGUUCUCCAGGCACUUCUCUUCAGGUCUCACCUCCAGAUUCAAGCAAUACAAUUGCUAAAAAUUUCACAAAGUCUUAUGCAAGUAAAUAUAAGGCAAGUGUGUCUCAGGAGAGUGUAUCCGUUGCAAGUAAACCUAAUACAAGUAUGCCAAGUCCAGGAGGUACAUCUAAAAACAGAGCAAAACCCUCUUACAAGCAAAAGAGACAACGCAAUAGAAAAAGUAAAAUCAGCAUGGCUUUGAGGAACUUAAGGUGUCAUCAGGGAAUUCACAAGUGCAUUGAGUGUCAUUCCAAAAUAAAAGAUUUUGCAAGCCACUUUUCUGUAUUUAUCCACUGUGAUUUUUGCAAGUACAACACUAAUUGUAACAAAGCCUUUGUAAAUCAUAUGAUGAGCUCUCACAGCAACCAUCCAAGUAAACGAUUUUGUAUUUUUAAGAAGCAAUCAGAAGCUCUUAGGGGCAUUACUCUAGUGUGCCUUAAAUGUGAUUUCCUAAGUGAUUCUUCUGGCUUAGAUCGUAUGGCUAAACACUUAAGUCAACGUAAAACUCAUACUUGCCAAGUUAUAAUAGAGAAUGUUUCCAAAAGUACCUCAACUACUGAACCCACUUCUGACGACUUGUCGGAAUAGAUUCCCACUCUGUGGAGCUCAUGCAACCUGGUGCAAGACAAGUUGGAAUUUCCUAAGUUCAAAGUUCUGAAGUGUUUAUUCACACAA